AGAAUGUCAAAAGAAAAAGAAAAAGAAGAUAUUGGUUCUACUGCAAGAGAUCUUUGGUGCCUGUUGUUCCCUUCUUACACACAUCUCCCGGGACUGGGUCCUUCUACCUUCUCUAUUGUUCGGUACGAGCCGGGAGAGGAGGGCGCAUCUCUCCUCCCGGCACUCCGCCAUGGGCAAUAUCUCCAAUGACUCCUUGCCGAAAGACUGCAGGUCUCUGGAGUGGCUCCGCUCCGGCGAAAGCCCGGCCAUCAGCUCGGUGAUGUUCUCGGCCGGGGUGCUGGGGAACCUCAUCGCGCUGGCGCUGCUGGCGCGCCGCUGGCAGGGGGACGCGGGACGCAGCGCAGGACGCGGCAACUCUAUCUCUCUGUUCCACGUGCUGGUGACAAAGCUGGUGUUCACCGACCUGCUUGGGACCUGCCUCAUCAGCCCGGUGGUGCUGGCUUCCUACGCUCGGAACCAGACCCUGGUGGCACUGGCGCCUAAGCGCCGCGCGUGCACCUACUUCGCCUUCGCCAUGACCUUCUUCAGCCUGGCCACGAUGCUCAUGCUCUUCGCCAUGGCCCUGGAGCGCUACCUAGCCAUCGGGCACCCCUACUUCUACCAGCGCUGGGUCACGCGCCGAGGCGGCCUGGCCGUGCUGCCCGCCAUCUACACGGUCUCUCUGCUCUUUUGCUCCCUGCCGUUGCUGGACUCCAAGCAGUACGUCCAGUACUGCCCCGGGACGUGGUGCUUCAUCCAGCCCGAGGACACCACGUACCUGCAGCUGUACGCCACCGUGCUACUGCUCCUCAUCGUCGCGGUGCUCGCCUGCAACUUCAGUGUCAUCCUCAACCUCAUCCGCAUGCACCGUCGGAGCAGGAGAAGUCGCUGCGGACCCAACUUGGGCAGCUGCCGGCAUGGCCCUGGGACCCGCAGGAGAGGGGAAAGGGUGUCCAUGGCGGAGGAGACGGACCACCUCAUUCUCCUGGCUAUUAUGACCAUCACCUUUGCGGUCUGCUCCUUGCCUUUCACGAUUUUUGCAUAUAUGGAUGAAACCGCCCAAAAAAACAAGUGGGACCUCCAAGCUCUUAGAUUUUUAUCAAUCAAUUCAAUAAUUGACCCUUGGGUCUUUGCCAUCCUUAGGCCUCCUGUUCUGAGACUAAUGCGUUCAGUCCUCUGUUGUCGGGUUUCAUUAAGAACACAAGAUGCAACACCAACUUCCUGUUCUCUACAGUCCAAUGCCAGUAAGUAGAUUGACCUUUGUCGACGAUAGUUAAGAAGUGCUUCAUUAGCCAGCAUCUGGAAGAUCAUUUUGAAAUGGCUGCUUGGAGAAAUGAAAAAAGUAAGUUUACAAAUCCAACAACGCCACCCUAAUAAAACAGAGUGAACAAACCUCUCAGCGAUAGAUUGGGGCUACAGAGGUGCUGACAAGGCACUUCAUGGAAGGUGUUAGAAGGAUCUAUAAGACCUACCCUCCAUGAGCAGGUCAAUGAGGUUGGGCUUUGGAGGAAAAACCAACUGCUUUGAGGAUCCAGUUGCCUUUUGAUUUAAGCUUUCCUGUUGAGUGAGAAAGCAUGUGGUUUUGUAAUUUGUUUAAAACCCUAAAUAGUUACUGUGUUUUCUAUUUUAAUCUUCUACGCUACUGUCGUUAUAAACACGCAGUGUGCAGUCAGACCAGAUGAAACUUCGUGUGUCUCCUCUACAAAGGCAGUACUUGGAAGCGACUAAGACUGGUGUCUUGUGUUGCUUAACAAACCCUUUGUCUGGCCAAUGAAUUUGGAAAUCACAGGCACUUUGUACCGUCCUAUUUGUGUAUAUGGGAGGUCUCUCUGGUCACCACGGUAUUAUGUGUGAAGAAGGCUCAGCUGGUUAACGUCACCUUUUUACUAGUCCUCUAGAAGCUGUGUGUCAAAGUAUUUGGUUAUUUAUUUGAUAAUGUCCAUUGUGCUAAGAGUAAUCAAGAACACUUUUGGAAUUUUCCUCUCAACAAGAAAUAAUAGGCUAUUAAGAGAGUUUCAAAUUCUGAUUAAUACUCUUCAUUCUAUUUCCAGGGAGGGGAAAUGUGGCUAUGUCUGAAGCUGAAUAUUAGAAUUAAAAACUGAAAAAUCUGGUCAAUUCUCAAUAAACCCUGAAACUCUUCUAUUGCUCAUGAUGAGGCUGUGACUAACAUCUACUUGAUAAGAUGACUGUGUUUUAGCAAAACUCAUGCAUCUACACUUUUAUCCAGGAAACAUGGUUUGACUCAUACUAUAUAGGAAAUCAUGCAACAGUGAGUCAUGUCUUAAUAUGUUUCUAAAUCUAGAUGUUUGGCAUGGUAUAAACCCGGCAUCAGGGUUUCAGCAAAUUUGCACCGUUCGAUCAUCUUAGUUACUGCGUAAACUCAUCUGAAAUGUUAUGAAAAUAAACUAUGAAACAAAAAUUUGAAAAUGGAAUAGUAUUUGAUGAAUUCCCCCAAGUAACAGUUUCUAGAGUAGAUAUAAUAUUUUUAAUAAGAUAAAAGUAGAAAAAAUAUAUUUAUUUUGGCAGGCAGGUUUUUAAAGUGUGGUUGCAUUAUAAUUUAGAUAUUAAAAUAUUCAGUAUAGUACUUGGUAUUAGAGGAUUUUUUUCCCCUUACAGUAUGAUCUUCAGAAUAGUAGAACCAUUUUAUUUAUUUAUUUAUUUUGCAGUGAGUGUUAUUACAGGAUAGCUGUUAU